UCAAGUGCCCCUCCACUAUACCAAAAAGCCCAUUAAAUUUGGAAACCAAAAAUAAAAAUUAUUCAAAAGUAUUGGAAGCCAUCAAAAUCUUUUCUCUCUCUCUCUUUCUUUAGAUUUUCUUUAAAUUAGGUCAUGCAUGAGCAUAAGCUGAAGCACAAAACUAGAAGUAGCUAGAAGUAGAGAAAAAAAAAAAUGGAGAAUUCUUAUGAGUGUCCAAGAAAACCUAAUAAGGAUGUUUCACUUCAAGAACUCAGAGACAGACUUGCCGAGUUUGCUGAAGCGAGAGGUUGGGAUCAAUACCACAGUCCAAGGAAUCUCCUUCUAGCACUAGUUGGGGAAGUUGGAGAGCUCUCGGAGAUUUUCCAAUGGAAAGGUGAAGUUGCUAGAGGACUUCCCAAUUGGACUUCAGCUGACAAAGAACAUCUUGAAGAAGAGCUUUCUGAUGUUUUGCUUUAUCUUGUUCGUUUGGCUGAUGUUUGUGGUCUUGAUCUUGGUCAAGCAGCACUGACAAAGAUAGUAAAAAAUUCUCGGAAAUACCCAGUUAACAAAUAAAACAGCAACUUCCAACUGUAAAUUUUCCAACCAGAGCUUCUCUGUGUAUCAUGAUUAGCCUUUUAUGUCUACUGUAAUAGUAGUUAGAGUCCUAUAUAUCUUUUUUCCUGCUAUUUCAGGCUUUUUUCUAGUGUAGUUUGUGAUGGAGAAUUUCUGGUACUGUUUUUCAGUUUACUUUU